UAGACAGUCUCCAGUCGCCAGGCGCGCAGGUCGAUCCCAGAGGGGCCGCUGGCGCCUCUGCUCCGCCCAGACAGCACUAGCAGCGCCCCGAGCGACCGGGCCCCGCCCCGUCCCGCCCCAGUCCCGCCCCGAGAGCAAAGGGCGCCGCCCGAAGCGGGACAAGUCUGGAGGUUGGCCUGUGUGAAGUCGCGCGGCUUCCACCCACGCAGUGUUCUGAGUGAAGGCCAGAAACUCGCUCGCCAUGUCGGCUGCAGAGGCGGGGGGUGUUUUCCACAGAGCCCGGGGCAGGACCCUGGACGCGUUUCCCGCAGAAAAGGAAAACGAAUGGAAAGGCCCAUUCUACUUCAUCCUGGGUGCAGACCCACAGUUUGGGCUGAUGAAGGCCUGGUCCACUGGGGACUGUGACAAUGGUGGUGACGAAUGGGAACAGGAGAUCCGUCUAACUGAGCAAGCCGUCCAGGCCAUCAACAGGCUGAACCCCAAGCCCAAAUUCUUCGUUCUGUGCGGCGACCUCAUCCACGCCAUGCCAGGGAAGCCGUGGCGGACGGAGCAGACGGAGGACCUGAAGCGAGUGCUCAGAACGGUGGACAGGGCAAUCCCAUUGGUCCUCGUCAGCGGCAACCACGACAUCGGCAACGCCCCCUCGGCCGAGACCGUCGAGGAGUUCUGCCAAACUUGGGGAGACGACUACUUCAGCUUCUGGGUCGGGGGCGUCCUGUUCCUGGUCCUCAACUCCCAGUUCUACCAGAACCCCUCCAAGUGCCCCAGCCUGAAGCAGGCGCAGGACCAGUGGCUGGACGAGCAGCUGAGCAUCGCGAGGCAGCGGCACUGCCAGCAUGCCAUCGUCUUCCAGCACAUCCCGCUGUUCCUGGAGAGCAUUGACGAGGACGACGACGACUACUUCAACCUCAGCAAGCCCGCUCGGAAGAAGCUGGCAGACAAGUUCAUCCACGCAGGUGUCAAAGUCGUGUUCUCAGGCCACUACCACAGGAAUGCCGGGGGCACCUACCAGAACCUCGACAUGGUGGUGUCAUCUGCCAUCGGAUGCCAGCUUGGCAGAGACCCCCAUGGGCUCCGAGUCGUGGUGGUCACUGCCGAGAAAAUUGUUCACCGAUACUAUAGUCUAGAUGAGCUGAGUGAGAAAGGAGUAGAAGACGAUCUCAUGGAUUUGAUCAAGAAAAAAUGACGGUCCGUCCUGUUCCCGUUCACUUUUCACUUGCACUAUUUUUUUUUUUUUUUUUUUUUUUGCCAGAAACAGCAGCUGCACAUAACCCCUUGCUGAAAUAUAAAAAUAGCCCAGGCAGGUUUGUGAAUUUAUGUCCUUUAUCAGAGAGCUGGGGCCCUAUCCUGAAUUAUACUCAAAGUAGAACUGCGAUUCCUUUAAAAUGGAGCGAAAGAUCCUGGAAAUCAGUUUUUUAAAUAUUAGACUAUCUCUGCAUGGAGUUUGAAUAAAUUCUCCUAAUGCUGUGUUUCUCAACUCCACUUUUGAAUUGGAUUGUUUUCUGGUUAGCGUAUGCUCAAAGUCUGCCUGUCGACCUCAAUUCCAAUCUGAUAUCCAAGUAUGAUCUUUGAUAAUUCCUUAAACAAACUACACCUAUUGUGUUAAAUUGUGGUCAUGAUUCCCAAAAUGCCAGGCAAAACAAAAUUCAUCUUUCCUUCCCAGCAGAAUGAACAGCUGUCUCCCUUGUUGCAAGAGCCAUGCAGACUUAUUUUGACAAGGAGCCAAGUAGCCACCAUUUACUGUUAAAUUCUGAGACUUCUGUUAUUGCUGCUGAUAGAAACAGAAUACAGUUGAUACAGCUCGGAGCCUACAUUUGCCUUCCUGGGUGCCUAGAAAAGUCACCUUUGCACAUAAAUUGGCCAUUUAUGAAAAUCUCCUCCAAGAGACUGAAACCGAAGCUCUAAAAUGCCACUUCUGCAGCCGCUGGGCAGCACAUUUUGAGUUUGUUCACAUCCACAUUCUGGCUGUGUAGCCACUCCGCAGAUGGGUGGUCUCUGGGGGUCAGAAUGCCCCGCCACUCAUGAGACUCUUUAUUGUGUCCACUUCGACAGAAAAAGUGGGAAUGUAUGCAGAGCUCUCAAAAGAAACAAAGCAAAAAUUCUGGUGGGGCCAAAACGGUGCCUUAAGCCACAUCCUCUGAAUUGGCCCUGACUUGAAUUAAAUACACUGAUGCAAAAUCCCUUGACAAAAGCGCGUAGGUUAUUUCCAAUCAGCAUUGUUCUGAUGUAACCUGUUUCACUGCGUCUUCUCAGCAGCUCCUGACCACUGCUCAGUUUUCUCUUCUACAGCCAUUGUUCUGGUGGACAAGUAACCUAGGUGCUCCAAAUCCUGGCAGGAAAAAUGCACAGCAUUACGGAACGGCACUCAGUAAUCCUAAAAUGACUUCCAAAGCUGGUUACACAUGAACUGCAAAGUCUAUUCCAUUAAAAGACUUUCUCAUUACAAAGUUUUAGUCAACGUAGCAAAACCAUGGGAAAUUAAAUGGAAAGAUAACUAAAUAUGUAAAUUCAUAAGGAACAAAAGAUGAGAAGUUAAUUAUACGAUAGGUUGGUGACACCAUAGUUCGUUGUUACGUGCCACAAGAAAAUUGAAAUUUUUAAAAACUAAAGUGCUCUUCUUUUAGUGUUUUGCUGCAAUCUUGUUUUGUAUUUGUUUCUUUACAACAGGUGUAGGUGUAAGAGGUCAAGAAAAGGAGUUCGGUAAAGGGCAUAGCUAAUAACAACCACACAUUGGGCUGGGCGCAGUGGCUUACGCCUGUAAUCCCAACACUUUGGGAGGCUGAGACGGGCGGAUCACCUGAGGUCAGGAGUUUGAGACCAGUCUGGCCAACAUGGUGAAACUGCAUCUCUACUGAAAAUACAAAAAUUAGCCAGGCAUGCUGGUGCACACUUGUAAUCCCACCUACUCAGAAGGCUGAGGCAGGAGAUCACUGGAACCCAGGAGGCAGAGGUUGCGGUGAGCCAAGAUCGUGCCACUGCCCUUCAGCCUGGGCGACAGAGCAAGACUCUGUCUCAAAAAAAAAAAAAAUAAAACACACACACACACACACACAUUGAGACUUGAGAUGUGGUGACACUUGGAUCAUAAACAGAGGGCUUCGAUUGCAGGAUGGGGGUUUCUCCAGGGGGAAAUGAAAAGGAGCUCUCAUUGUGGUCUUACACAUGCAAAAUGCUCUGAAUUGUGGCCCAUGGGUUUGCAGAAGGAUAAUGGAGAUAAUUGAAAGUAAUGAAAAUGAAACUUACCAAAUCUCCUUCCCCAAAAACUUAACUGAUUUAAAAGUACCCCAAGAAUAUGCAAAGAAAAGGGAAUCACAUCAACAGAUGAUUGGAUAAAGAACAUGUGGUAUGUAUACACAAUGGAAUACUAUUCAGCCAUUAAAAAGAAUGAAACCAUGUCCUUUGCAGCAACCUGGGUGGAACUGGAGGCGGUUAUCGUAAGUGAAAUAACUUAGAAGUGGAAAGUCAAAUACCUCAUGUUCUCACUCAUAAAUGGGAGCUAAAUAAAGUGUACCCAUGAACAUAGAGUGUGGAAUAGACAUUGGAGACUCAGAAGGGUGGGAGGAGGGUAAGGGAUGAGAAAUUACCCAGUGGGUACAAUAUACACUUUUUUGGUGUUGGUUGCAGGAAAAGCCCGGACUUCACCACUUCGCGAUAUAUCCAUGUAACAAAACUGCACUUGUAUGCCUUAUAUUUAUACAAAUUUAAUUUUUUAAAAAGGAAGAGAGAAUCAUUUUAAAUUCUCACCACUUUUUAAGUAAGUAAACAGUGGUAUUUCCCAGUGGCAAGAGGUUCAGAAAGAUGUCAGGAAAUGUUUUUGUAGAUACGCAUCUAUCAUUCUGAUGGGUCAUGACUAGUGUGUUCACUUGCGGUUCCUUUGCCUUUAAAAAAAGAGAACGAUGUUAAAAAAUAAGUGCCUUAUACUGUGAAAAAUGAUAAAAGGACUUCCAGAUUCGAA